AUGAUGCGGUCCAUUAUCAGCAUGGCGUUUGCCAGCAUUGCCUUCGUGCCUAUGGCUUACAGUACCAGCUUGACGUCUUCUCCUGCCUCAAAUACCUCGGGUAUAGAGGUAGACGUUAUCUUUCCCAUCCACAACACAACCUAUAACGUGACCAACUCGCUUCCCAUCGUAUUCGCCUUGCAGAACCUAACAGCCGCCGCCGCCCUCGGGCCCUUCAGGUUCGAAUGGGACAUUAUGCCAUAUGGCGACAUUGGCGGGGAUCAGGAGCCCGGCGGCGUUACCAACGAUCACUGGGGCGUCCACUUCGAUACUGCUAAUGCCACUACCGAACCCUAUAUUCUCAUCAACCAAACCGAUGUUCAGAAGUGGCAGUUCAUGCCAAGGUAUCCUUACGGCUCUGUAUACGCGCUACAGUGGGCUAUUACGUGGAAUGUCUCUCCUAAGCCGUGUGAUUCCGAUCCACUAGGAGUGUUUGGAACGCUGUUCUUCAAUAUCAACAUGGACAGUACGGAAGCCGAUCUUGGGAAUCUGACAGGGCAGUGUCCCCAGCUAGGCGCUGUGUAUGAGAUCAACACGACGGCUAAGAACAGCUCCUGCUCGGCGGUAGUGAGCAAUGGUGGUGCCGGGAACCCUUGUGCUGUCACUCUGGAUAAGGCUAUGGUUGGGAAUAUCUCGAGUACCGUGCAGAGCCUUGCAGCAUCAACAGCCACCGCAUCUGCCAGUGCUACGAGCACACCCUCACCGACACAGCGUAGUAUUGCUGUCAGAUCUGAUAUUCCGUUACCAUAUAUAUUGGUGGCUACAUUCCUUGGCUCUCUUCCGAUGAUGAUGUCUUGA